AUGUCUACUCCUUUUGAUGCAAACAAUAAAAUCCGGAUUGUAUUAUAACUCUCUUGUUAAUAUUAAAUAUUACAAGAUUAUUUGAAUUUUUAGGUUGGGAUAUCACAAAUAAGCUAAAUACGAUGCUUAGAACCUGUGAUUCUUAAGUGAUGGUGGACUUAAGAGUUUUGAAACGAAUAACUAUCUGAUAGUUGCCAUAAUUUAAUACAUUAUACUAGUUUUUUAAUGACCUUACUUCUCAUUACAAGUUGAAAUUGAAAUCGAACUGUGGAUGUAGAUUUUUGAUCUUUUAUUUUUAGAAUAUAUAAAUGGACUUUAAUUCAUUAAACAUUGAAAUUUACUAUACUUUGUAAUUCUAAAAUGUUACACGCGUGGCUCAUUCCUGAUUAUUGUGGUACUGGUAGGAUGAUGGUAAUGAUUCAUCUAUCUACAAUGAUGAAUUAGAUACAAUAUCAAUUACAGUUCCUCAUGUUAAAAGAAGUGCACAAAUGAGAAAACCGAUGAAAAUAUAAAAUUAUAAUGUAUAAAGUAUUCGUGGGACAUAAUAACAUUUAAAUUAAGUCUAGAAAAAGUGGAUAUCUGGCUAAAAUGGCGAAAACAUAUUUAAUGUUUUUCAUAAUCUUACAUCAGUGGAUCUGAUUCAUGGGAUGAAUUGGGAUUUCCUUUAACUAUUUUUCAGUCAGACUAAUGCUCUGGUUGCCAUUAUUUUAUUGGAAUGAGGUUUAGAAGAUUUCUAUAAUUGCCAACAAUCAAUAAAUCCUUAUAAGAUUAUUUAAAUAUUACACAAAAUACUUUACAAAUUUCAUUAAAAAAUAAUCUUUAUUACAGUUAUUUACAAUUCAAUAGGGUCGAUAUAAAAUUUGAUAGAUCAUUAGAAGGUCGAAGUAUAUGGAAUUCUGCUUGA